AUGAUCAAAGUUUUUUUUUCAAAUGAAAAUUAUUUCAUAUGGACUGCUGAAGAUGCUUGCAAGGUUAGAAAGGUUUUCAGAAUAGUGGGGAACAUGGUUGGUUGCCUACCAAGUUCUCCAUUGCAGAAUGCUCAGAUGGGCCUGCCUCUUCUUCUUAUGCAGUGUGAAGCAAGGCUGCUUGUUGAAAAAGGAUUUGCUUGUAUAGUUGAUGAAUUCUCAAUAAAAAAGUCCAAAAAUCAUAUUCAAUUGAUCGCCCAGAAAAGGAAGCAAGUUUUUGAUGAACAAGUAGCCUUGUGUAAGAAGGAAAAACAUCACCAAAUGGAAAUUAACAUGCAGAAAAUAAUUGAUGGUAAGAGAAAAAAAAUUUUUAAUCAAAAUGAUGAAAUCAGUGCUGCAGAUCUGUCAAAGCAAAUUGAAGAGGAAUUGUUAGUGGAGAGAAAGAGAAUUGACUGCUUAAAAUUAUCACAAUCUUCUGCACUUGUUCAGACACACACAAGUCGAUAUCCAAGUGAAAAAAUUAAAGACAAUAAAGCUCAAUAUGCUUGGAAGAGUAGUAUCGAUUUUCAUUUGGACAAGAAAUAUUAUGUUUUUAAAUAUUUUUGGGAGCAAAAUUAUUUUAUCACAAGUGGUUUGAAAUUUGGUGGUGACUUUUUAGUUUAUCCAGGAGACCCAUCAAGGUACCACAGUUUUUACAUUGUGUUGUGUGUACAGCAUGAUGAAGCCAUAAAUCUUCUCCAGUUGAUAAGGAUGGGCAGGCAGGCCACAACAGUCAAGAAGACAUUUGUCUUGGCUUCUGUUGAUUUCAAUAAUACUUAUAAUGUAAAUUGUGUUUCUAUACAAUGGCCAAAAGCAUAA